ACCAUACUAAUAACAACCAUGAUGGAGCGUCUAAUGGGGUGCAUGAUGGGGUAAACGGUGAAGAUGUUUACGGGGAGGUUGCCCCUCCUGGUUUGGCAUUUAAGGAAGUAUGGCAAGUGAUAAUGAAGCCAAAAGGACUGGGGCAGCUCAAGAAUCUUGUUGGAAUAUACCGAUUGUGCCUGACCCACCGAACAAUCAGUUUGGUUAAGCUGAACUCUGAUGCAGCAGCAGUUGUUUUGCAGCUCAUGAAUAUUCGCAGAUGUGGUCAUUCAGAGAAUUUCUUCUUCAUUGAGGUUGGCCGCUCUGCAGUUACAGGGGCUGGUGAAUUCUGGAUGCAAGUGGAUGACUCUGUAGUGGCACAGAACAUGCAUGAGACAAUCUUAGAAGCUAUGAAGGCAUUGAGUGAUGAGUUUCGACCUCGCAGCAAGAGUCAGUCUUCAUCUAACUGCUCCAACCCUAUCUCUGUUCCUCUUAGAAGGCAUCACCUCAACCAUCCUCCUCCCAGCCAAGUAGGGCUUAACCGUAGGGCUCGCACGGAAAGUGUCACGGCCACCUCACCUGCAGGGGGUGCUUCUAAGCAUGGGUCAUCCUCAUUUAGGGUUCGGGCAUCAAGCGAUGGAGAAGGUACUAUGUCGAGGCCAGCCUCAAUGGACGGCAGCCCUGUGAGUCCGAGUGCCAAUAGAGCUCAGUCACAUCGACACAGAGGCAGCUCUCGUCUUCACCCACCACUCAAUCAUAGCCGCUCCAUCCCCAUGCCAGCAACUCGCUGCUCUCCAUCAGCUACCAGUCCUGUCAGUUUAUCCUCCAGCAGCACCAGUGGACAUGGGUCUACGUCUGAUUGCCUAUGUCCGCGAAGAUCCAGUGCCUCAGUUUCUGGUUCCCCAAGUGACGGCGGGUUCAUUUCCUCUGAUGAAUAUGGUUCUAGUCCGUGUGAUUUCAGAAGUUCUUUCCGCAGCGUGACGCCAGAUUCGCUAGGGCACACGCCACCGGCCAGGGAAGAAGACUUAAAUAACUAUAUCUGUAUGGGAAAGCCCAACGGUCAUCCUCAAAGAGGAAAUCAACAGAGGUACCCAUCAAAUCGGGGUGAUGAGCACCCUGACUUGGACAAGUUUUUCAGGAAGAGAACUCAUUCUUCAGGAACGUCUCCACCAACUGCAUCACACCAAAAAACCCCAUCCCAAUCAUCAAUUGAAGAAUAUACUGAGAUGAUGCCUUCUUACCCUCUGCGUCUAUCAUCAUUUAGGCACUCUGCGUUUGUGCCCACAUACUCCUAUCCAGAAGAGUGCCUGGAUAUCCACUUGGAGGGUAACAAAGUUAACCAUACAGAUGAUGGGUACAUGCCCAUGUCACCAGGUGUUGCUCCUGUGCCUCCAAAAAACAGUGACUAUAUGCCUAUGAGUCCCAAAAGUGUGUCUGCUCCUCAGCAGAUCAUUAAUCCUAGGCGACAUUCUCAGGUGGACUCUAAUGGUUAUAUGAUGAUGUCCCCCAGUGGUAGCUGCUCCCCGGAUAGUACUAACUACAGCAAGAUAUGGACCAAUGGUACAAACCCAAAGUUGUCCAUAGAAAGCAAUGAUGGAAAAUUGCCCUGCAAUGAUUACAUUAAUAUGUCCCCAGCCAGUGGAUCCACUACAAGCACUCCGCCAGAUUGCUAUAUUAAUACUGUUGAGGAUCCACCCAAGCCUGUUUAUUCUUACUUCUCUUUGCCCAGGUCCUUCAAACAUGCCCACAGAAAGACUAAUACUGGUCACCUGCGAGCUUCUGUUAAUUCUGGGCAUCAUCUGUAUGCUGAGGACUCCUCUUCAUCCUCAACGAGCAGUGAUAGUUUGGGGGGGCAGGAAUCACAACAGUCGAGGAAGGGCGAGGCAUGUCUUCAAGGAAAAAGCAGCAGAUUGGCAAGACCCACACGGCUUUCUUUGGAAAACAGCAAGGCCAGCACCCUCCCUAGGGCUCGUGAGCCUGCUUUGCCUCCAGAGCCAAAAAGUCCUGGUGAAUAUGUUAAUAUUGAGUUUAAUGACAAAGCCUUCUGCGGAGGAUUGGUGUCUUCCAUGUGCGCACCGCCCUAUGCCCAGAGCAGAGUGGUGCCCCAGAGGGAGAAUCUUUCUGAAUACAUGAACAUGGAUCUUGGGGUUUGGAGGGCAAAAACAGCUUAUGCAUCUUGCACACCUUCAUCUUGUAAACCUGCUAGUUCAACAUGUUCUGCCGACACUUGCAGUAGCAGUCGCCCACCUGUACGAGGAAAGCCAGCCCCACGGGACUACAUAAGCAUGCAAGUUGGUACCCAUUGUUCGGAUUACAGUCAAGUCACACCUGCCAGGAUCCCUGCCAAGGCAGCCAAUACUGCUUCUAGCAAAAGUAAUUAUGCAGAAAUGUCGAUUGGUGGGGGCACUAAUAUUAAUGUUGUGCUGCCGGCUCCAAAUGCAAAUGUUUCUGAAACUGCUCGCUCUUCCUUACUGGGUCAGGGCUCUGGCCCAUCUGCCUUUACCAGGGUCAACUUAAGUCCUAACCGCAACCAGAGUGCCAAAGUUAUACGAGCUGGUGAUCCGCAAGGCAGAAGGCGGCAUAGCUCAGAGACCUUUUCGUCUACUCCUACUACGUCCAGAGUUAGUGCUGGGCCAAUUUCUGGUGAGGAUGUUAAAAGACACAGCUCUGCAUCCUUUGAGAAUGUGUGGCUCAGGCCUGGAGACGCUGCCAGGAGAGAAUCCCCUCAGGCCUCAGAUCACCUACAUAAUGGUCUCAAUUACAUUGACCUGGAUCUGGCCAAGGAUUUAAGUGGCCUGGAGCAUUGCAACUCACAUCAGCCCACGGUCAGCCACCCCUUAGAUGACCUGAGCUCCUAUGCUAGCAUCAGUUUUCACAAGCUGGAUGAGCGCCGCAGCCAGGCAGAAACAGAAGAAUGACCUCAACAACCUCAGCAAAUAACUCCUUCAGUCUCACGGGAUUACGGACUCUCAGUAACUUUUUCACACAUCACAACAAGGACCUCACAUCCUCUUCCUCAGUAAAUGGUACGCUGCAUCCAGAUCGCUUUGUUUACUUUACACGCAAACCUCAGGAGUCAUUUGACUGAACCGCACCUUCCCUGUCGUGCCAAUCAACAAAAGCACUGUGACGUCUGUCCGAAGAGUCUGCUAUACUUCAUCGUCGAUCUCGAUGAUCUGAAACAGCCAGCGCCAGGCCGCGGUGUGGACGGACUUACUGCUCGCACAUUUUCACAACUCAUUCAAUUUACGUUGCUGCUGAAGAUUACAAAAAAGAAACUGUAUUACAAAUCAAUGGUGUAAAUUAUUACGUACAAAAAAAAACUGUUAAUAAUGGUUGGUGAUAAUUAAAUAUUUAACAUAGUUUUUUUUUUUGAUUUAUACAUGUAUUUUUUUCUGUUUUGCUAGAGCACAUCAUUUUGAUGUGGGACUUUGAGGAAUUCUGUUGUAAACAGAUUGGGGUAAUUGCUUAAAUAAGGCUAAUAAGUAUAUAGGUUGGUACUAUUCUCCUUUUUCUAAGAUUGUAAUACAGAAAACGUGUCCUAGAUUACUAGGACACAAAUAUAAUUAGUGAUGGUUAUAACAUAACCCCAAUGAUCCAACAAUUCUGUAUGCCUAAUGAAGGGCUAGUCAACGAUGGUUAAACUGCUGCUCUGUUUCCCAUGAUCCUCCACCUGUGGCUCAGAGGAACAUUAGAAAUAUGGAUUAUGAAAAGCGGCUGGUUACUUACCCAUCCCCUAAAGUGGUGCCCGUAACACCCUCGGUGCCGAUGAGGCUGCAGCCCCCCCGAAAGGGAUUCAUUUUUGUAACUGAACACAUAGAUACUACUCACGGGUUUGGUUGGGGGAGGGGGAAACUUUUUUUUUUUUUUUUUCUCCUUCAUUGCACAGGUACGGAAAAAGAAAAUAUGAAAUCAAGAGUCUUCCAUUGUAUAUAAUGUAAAAGAAAUAAAGAAAAAGCUUAAAAAAAUAAAAUAAAAUAACUCAAUGAUUUAAAAGAAGAAAAAAAAAAGAUAAGUGGAAAUUGGCCAAACUCCUCAAAUCAACUUUCCCUGGAAUGAGCAAUGUGGUUGUUUGUAAAUUCUGGAAAAUCUUUCUAUACGUAAUAAACUAGAUACUGUUUAAUUUUUUCUGAGAAAAA